UGUUAUAUGUUUGAAAGGACCACACAAGCCAAGAUUAAGCAAACAAGCGAUGGCUUUCUGCAAUUCACACGCUAAGUUGUGUUGCUUAGCGACGUGACACACAACGUUUUACGUCGUGUUGUGUGUGAAAAGGGGAAGGUUUUUCUGAGCCUAUUUAAUUUACCGUGCCACUUUUAUAGAAGAGUAAAGUUCGUUAAACAGGAGACCACUAAUAACGUAUAGAAUGAUGUCUUCUCAGACAGAGAUUUUUCGCAAUAAAAUUGAACCUGUAGCAAACGAAGAGAGUGAUAUGAAUGACGUACUCAACUCAGAUUCAGAUCGUUCUGGCAGCUCUGGGAUUUGUGGACACCUUCUUACUUUCUUUUCAUUCCUCCUUAUCCUGCUUACAUUUCCAGUCUCGGUGUGGAGUUGCAUGAAGAUUGUCCAGGAAUAUGAGAGAGCUGUUAUUUUCCGUUUGGGAAGGCUCCUUGGCGGUGCGAAAGGACCUGGUUUGUUCUGGAUUAUUCCGUGUGUGGACACAUUUCGUAAGGUUGAUUUGAGGACAGUGUCUUUUGACAUUCCUGCUCAAGAAGUGCUGACCAAAGACUCUGUGACUAUUAUGGUGGAUGCUGUGAUCUACUACCGAGUCUUUAACCCGACCGUUUCAAUAACCAAAGUAGAGAAUGCGACUCAUGCCACACAGAUGCUGGCACAGACCACUUUGAGAAACAUGCUGGGUACCAAAAGCCUGGCAGACAUCUUAAAAGACCGUGAGGAGAUGUCAGAUCAGAUGGAGGCCGUCCUGUAUGCUGCAUCCAAGAAUUGGGGAAUCAAAGUGGAAAGGGUAGAGCUUAAGGAUGUAAAACUGCCCACAACCCUGCAGAGAGCUAUGGCAGCUGAAGCAGAGGCUACCAGAGACGCACGGGCAAAGGUGAUAGCAGCAGAAGGAGAAAUGAAAGCUUCUCAUGCUCUGAAGGAGGCAGCAAAUGUGAUGUCAGAGUCUCCAUCAGCUCUCCAGCUCCGCUAUAUGCAGACGCUGACGGAGAUCGCCUCAGAAAAGAACUCCACAGUGAUCUUUCCUCUUCCUAUGGACAUUAUCUCUCAUUUCAUGAAGAGGUGACCUCAUUGUAAGAGAUGAACUAUAAACAAUAAAAAAAGAAUAAUAAAAUUUAACUUUUAUUAAUCACGACGAACACCACACUGUCCAAAAUAUGUCUUGGGUGCACUAUUAGUUUGCUUUGGAUAAAAAUGUCUGCAAAAUGCAUAAAUGUAAAUGUAAUUAAUAUUGUUUAAUUUAUUUAACUUAUAAAGUAAAAUUAAUAAGAAAUAUUUCAAAUUCUGCACUAUUGGUAAGUCAAAAAUCAAAUAAGAUAAUUUGUGUCAUGUGAACUGUCCAUAUGAUUUUGUUCAUUCAUUUCUAGAUUAUGUGUACUUUACCUUAAAUAUCUCAAGGUCUUCCUCUUAUUUGUCUGGACAUUUUAUACAAAAGUGUAAUCAUUAAAAAAAAGCAAAAAACUAAAUUAAGUGUAUUGAUGUGUAUUGAGUAAAAGUUUCUCAACCUGUAGAGAGAAAAACCAAACACCGAAAUGAAUGCAUGCCGGACUGUCCAAUGUGAAAUACACAUAGAAACAUAACAUGAACUCUUAAUGCUGUCAUGAUAAAAGACUUACUGUUAAUCCGCUUACCUCAUACUGGAAAAAUGGGCUCAACAAGCUUUGAUCAUUGAGACCUAAUUGGAUUGACUGCAUUAGAUGCAGGAAUGGAUAGACAGUUUAGUAAUGUUACGGUAAUCUGUCAUCUAAUCUGUUUUAACCUAACAUACAU